GAAGGUUGGGUCGGACCGGCGGCCGGUGAUGUUCCCCCUGUGUGCGCGUAGGUUCCACCGUUUCGUGAGGUCGAUUGAACACUGUAAAAUUGCCCCUGCGAUGGACUGCCGACCUGUCCAGGGUGUAUUCCUGCCUCUCGCCCACGCUCUGGGAUUAAACGCACUUUGUUAACUAACCUUUUGUAAAUUCUAAUAUACUGUUUUGUUCAUUUUUUGCAGAACAAUUAGACAUCAAAGGGAACAAAACCACCAAAAGAUUACUUGACUUGUCAUAUAUAGACUCACAAUGAAUCCAGGACCAACAGGACCAAGGACUAGUGUAGAUCACUUUGUUCUUGAUCUAUUCUCACAUACUGUUAUAUUUGGCCAAUAGUAUUGUCUGCAACACUACCUCAAAGACAGAGAACAACUCAGGAAACUUGCUACAUGCCUUUUCUCACUUCAGGUCAGAAACACACUGGUCAGACGCCACAACUCACAACGUUUCACAUGCUGAGCUUCUACUCAUGAUUAAAGACGAUAUGAAUCAAGACUGAGAAACUAACAAUCAUCAAACAUCAAAGGACGUGAAACCACAGACAGAUUUCUCGACUUGGGCUCAAAAUGAAUCCAGGACCAACAGGACCAAGGACUUCAGCAAUGUGCAGUCUGAGUUUCCUUCUGCUUCUAUUCAACAAUGCAGUUUGUCCCGUCGCUGGAUUCUCCCUGCGAAACUGCCAUAUUAGUAACAGAGGUAGCGACAAUGUUGCAAUUUGUAAAGGCCUAGAAUUGACGGAGGCACCUCGAGACAUUCCCCCCACCAUAACAGGUUAUGACUUGUCGUUGAACAAACUGUCGAAGAUAGAAGUAGUCCAUUUUAAAAACCUAACUGCUCUGAGAGAGUUGGACAUGUACCACAAUAAUAUUUCACAGAUAGAAAAAGGCUCUUUCACUGACUUGACCUCCCUGGAAAAGUUAAAUCUGAACAAUAACAAGCUCAGACAGCUGGCAGACAUAUUUGAGGGGCUACACAACCUUAAAGAGCUGCGACUCACAAGUAACAGCAUCACGACUGUUUCAGCUACUGCAUUCAAGCCACUGAAGAACUUGGCAUUUUUGGACUUGUCUUUUAACCAACUACAAAACGUUGACAAACUCCAGCUGAUCGUGCAGCACCUGCCAUAUUUACAGAAUCUGGUGAUGAAGAAGAAUAACCUCGCCGUUUUCACCACGGAGAAGCUGACAAACAAGUCUGUAAAUUUCCAGUACCUUGAUUUGUCUCAAAAUCCUUUGCAAGUCUUCAGAAUCACAGCAGAUGUGUUUCCAAAUCUGACCUGGUUGAAUCUUGGAGGGCCGCAAAAGAAGCACAGGAUGGCUUGGGAGGUGCGGAACCAGACGUUUCUUCGUCACGUGACCACCCUCGACAUCGGUGGACUGCGAAUGACUGUCAGCGAUAUGGAAGAGUUGCGCGAGAGCUUCGAGACUUCACUUGUUACUAUCCGGUUGAACGCAAUGCCAGGUGACCUGCAAGCCUUCAUCAAUAUCUCCUGCUCCAUCCCAACCUUGACUGGACUGCAAAUUCAACAGAACCAACUGACCUCCAUCUCGCCUCAUCAGUUCCAAUCUUGUACGAACAUCACAGAGUUAGAUAUCGCAGAAAACAAAAUUCAGAACAUUGACGAAAACGCCUUCGGGUCCAUCCAGAGGAGUCUCAGCAUAUUGACUCUGAGUCAGAACAAGAUACCCUCUGUUCCAGCAGCUGUGCGGAAGCUACCAAACCUUUCAAAAUUGGAUCUAAGCCAUAACAUUAUCAGUUCACUUCAAUGCCAUGACUUUGCUAAUCUGACAAAGCUCAGAAUUCUGAGCCUCCAUCAUAAUUUGAUCACUAAUUUACCACCCUGUGCCUUUAGUGGCUUAGACUCAUUGCAUGUCUUGGAGCUGGAGUCGAACAAAAUCGCAGAACUGAAUGGAGCGUUCAGAAAACCUUUCCCAAGUUUAAGGAUGCUGUUUUUGUAUUCAAAUAGCCUGACCAGCAUUAAACCCAACGAAUUUGAGGGUUUGAUUUCACUGCAAAACUUAUCAUUGCACCAUAAUCAGAUCAAGGACAUAAAGAAUGGCUCUUUCUAUGGACUCACCAAUCUCAAGGUUCUUCUGCUCCAGAGUAAUGCCAUUGAACAGGAGCAACUAAACAGUGGCGCCUUCAACGAUCUGAUCAAUUUAAGAAGAUUGGAUAUGAGAGAAAAUCGCAUUAAAUACAUGAACGACUCGGCAAUACCCCACCCUCCAUUUUCAAGGCUGUCGCUCCUGGAGACCCUGGCAAUCCCAGUGCAAAAAGGGCACACGAAAGGAAGCCUGCCACGUAACUUUCUGGAAGGGCUGCCAAAUCUGUUGUUCUUCAGCACAAGAAUCAGUCAAAUACAUUCUCUCCAUGAUGACAUGUUUCGCUACACACCAAGGUUGGAAAAGCUUGACAUCUGUUCCAACGAGCUCUUCGACAUCUCACCGAAACUUUUCUCCCCCAUCAGCAACCUAAAAAGUCUCUAUGUUUCUCGAACAAGUCUUCGCUUGCUCAACUUUAUCACAGAAGCCAACCUCACCAACCUUGUGUUUCUUCAAGGGAGAAGUAAUGAUUACUCAGUCAUUCCUAAAGAAGUGAUCGAGUCUCUGCCAUCACUCGAGUACAUGGAUUUACAAGGCAACAGCUUCACAUGUGACUGCGACAACGCAUGGUUCCUCCAAUGGGUGAAAAACAACACUCAAACGCAAGUCCCUAAUGCGUAUGAAUUUGAGUGCAAAGACCCACCAAACCUAACGGGCAUGAAACUGCUGGACCUGGAUGUUCAGUCUUGCACAGUGGACAUUGAAUUUAUCCUCUAUGUGGCCAGUACCUCCUUCAUCCUCUUGUUCCUGAUGGUAUCCUUCACCUACAAUUUCCUGAGAUGGCAACUGUCCUAUGCCUACCACAUCUUCUUGGCCUUCCUUUAUGACAAAAAGAACAAACACAGAAAGGCUUCAGAGGAGUACGACGCCUUCAUUUCCUACAACGUCCACGAUGAGGAGUGGGUUAUAAGGGAGGUGCUUCCAAAGUUGGAGGGAGAACAAGGAUGGAAACUGUGUCUGCAUCAUCGAGACUUUCAGCCAGGGAAACCGAUCAUUGACAACAUCACAGAAGCCAUCUACGCCAGCAGGAAGACAAUCUGUGUGAUCAGUCAGAGGUAUCUGGAGAGCGAGUGGUGCUCCAAAGAGCUGCAGGUCGCCAGCUACCGCCUGUUUGACGAGAGCAAGGACGUGUUGAUUCUGGUGUUCCUUGAGGAGAUCCCUGCCGCUCAGCUGUCUCCCUACUACCGCAUGAGGAAGCUGCUGAAGAAAAGGACUUACCUGAGCUGGCCUUACGCCGGAGAAGGUGCCGCACUCUUCUGGGAGAAACUUCGUCAGGCACUCUCCAGGCCCACAGAUGACCUCUUAGAGGAGCGGCUGCGCCUCACUGAGAGGGAAAGGGUGAGACAGAUUUCUCGACUUGGGCUCAAAAUGAAUCCAGGACCAACAGGACCAAGGACUUCAGCAAUGUGCAGUCUGAGUUUCCUUCUGCUUCUAUUCAACAAUGCAGUUUGUCCCGUCGCUGGAUUCUCCCUGAAAAACUGCCGUAUUAGUAACAGAGGUAGCGACAAUGUUGUAAUUUGUAAAGGCUUAGAAUUGACGGAGGCACCUCGAGACAUUCCCCCCACCAUAACAGGUUAUGACUUGUCGUUGAACAAACUGUCGAAAAUAGAAGUAGUCCAUUUUAAACACCUAACUGCUCUGAGAGAGUUGGACAUGUACUGCAAUAAUAUUUCACAGAUAGAAAAAGGCUCUUUCACUGACUUGACCUCCCUGGAAAAGUUAAAUCUGACCAGUAACAAGCUCAGACAGCUGGCAGACAUAUUUGAGGGGCUACACAACCUUAAAGAGCUGCGACUCACAAGUAACAGCAUCACGACUGUUUCAGCUACUGCAUUCAAGCCACUGAAGAACUUGGCAUUUUUGGACUUGUCCUUUAACCAUCUACAAAACAUUGACAAACUCCAGCUGAUCGUGCAGCACCUGCCAUAUUUACAGAAUCUGGUGAUGAAGAAGAAUAACCUCGCCGUUUUCACCACGGAGAAGCUGACAAACAAGUCUGUAAAUUUCCAGUACCUUGAUUUGUCUCAAAAUCCUUUGCAAGUCUUCAGAAUCACAGCAGAUGUGUUUCCAAAUCUGACCUGGUUGAAUCUUGGAGGGCCGCAAAAGAAGCACAGGAUGGCUUGGGAGGUGCGGAACCAGACGUUUCUUCGUCACGUGACCACCCUCGACAUCGGUGGACUGCGAAUGACUGUCAGCGAUAUGGAAGAGUUGCGCGAGAGCUUCGAGACUUCACUUGUUACUAUCCGGUUGAACGCAAUGCCAGGUGACCUGCAAGCCUUCAUCAAUAUCUCCUGCUCCAUCCCAACCUUGACUGGACUGCAAAUUCAACAGAACCAACUGACCUCCAUCUCGCCUCAUCAGUUCCAAUCUUGUACGAACAUCACAGAGUUAGAUAUCGCAGAAAACAAAAUUCAGAACAUUGACGAAAACGCCUUCGAGUCCAUCCAGAGGAGUCUCAGCAUAUUGACUGUGAGUCAGAACAAGAUACCCUCUGUUCCAGCAGCUGUGCGGAAGCUACCAAACCUUUCAAAAUUGGAUCUAAGCCAUAACAUUAUCAGUUCACUUCAAUGCCAUGAUUUUGCUAAUCUGACAAAGCUCAGUAUUCUGAGCCUCCACCAUAAUUCGAUCACUAAUUUACCACCCUGUGCCUUUAGUGGCUUAGACUCAUUGCAUGUCUUGGAGCUGGAGUCGAACAAAAUCGCAGAACUGAAUGGAGCGUUCAGAAAACCUUUCCCAAGUUUAAGGACCAUGUUUUUGUAUUCAAAUAGCCUGACCGGCAUUAAACCCAACGAAUUUGAGGGUUUGGUGUCACUGCAAAACUUAUCAUUGCACCAUAAUCAGAUCAAGGACAUAAAGAAUGGCUCUUUCUAUGGACUCACCAAUCUCAAGGUUCUUCUGCUCCAGAGUAAUGCCAUUGAACAGGAACAACUAAACAGUGGCGCCUUCAACGAUCUGAUCAAUUUAAGAAGAUUGGAUAUGAGAGAAAACCACAUUAAAUACAUGAAUGACUCAGCAAUACCCCACCCUCCAUUUUCAAGGCUGUCGCUCCUGGAGACUCUGGCAAUCCCAGUGCAAAAGCGGCGGUUGAAAGGAAGCCUGCCACGUAACUUUCUGGAUGGUUUAACAAAUCUGUUGUACUUUGAUGCACGAAACAGUGAAAUGAAUUCUCUUCACCAAAAAAUGUUCCAAUACACACCAAAAUUACAAACGCUUGACAUCAGUUCCAAUGACCUCUUCGACAUCUCACCACAACUUUUUUCCCCAAUCAGCAACCUAAAAAGUCUCUAUGUUUCUCGAACACGUCUUCGCUUGCUCAACUUUAUCACAGAAGCCAACCUCACCAACCUUGUGUUUCUUCAAGGGAAAAGUAAUGACUACUCAGUCAUUCCUAAAGAAGUGAUCGAGUCUCUGCCAUCACUCGAGUACAUGGAUUUAGAAGGCAACAGCUUCACAUGUGACUGCGACAACGCAUGGUUCCUCCAGUGGGUGAAAAACAACACUCAAACGCAAGUCCCUCAUGCGUAUGAAUUUGAGUGCAAAGACCCACCAAACCAAAAGGGCAUGAAACUGAUGGACCUGGAUGUUAGCUCUUGCACAGUGGACAUUGAAUUUAUCCUCUAUGUAGUCAAUACAUCAAUCAUCCUCUUGUUCCUGAUGGUAUCCUUCACCUACAAUUUCCUGAGAUGGCAACUGUCCUAUGCCUACCACAUCUUCUUGGCCUUCCUUUAUGACAAGAAGAACAAACACAGAAAGGCUUCAGAGGAGUACGACGCCUUCAUCUCCUACAACGUCCACGAUGAGGAGUGGGUUAUAAGGGAGGUGCUUCCAAAGUUGGAGGGAGAACAAGGAUGGAAACUGUGUCUGCAUCAUCGAGACUUUCAGCCAGGGAAACCGAUCAUUGACAACAUCACAGAAGCCAUCUACGCCAGCAGGAAGACAAUCUGUGUGAUCAGUCAGAGGUAUCUGGAGAGCGAGUGGUGCUCCAAAGAGCUGCAGGUCGCCAGCUACCGCCUGUUUGACGAGAGCAAGGACGUGUUGAUUCUGGUGUUCCUUGAGGAGAUCCCUGCCGCUCAGCUGUCUCCCUACUACCGCAUGAGGAAGCUGCUGAAGAAAAGGACUUACCUGAGCUGGCCUUACGCCGGAGAAGGUGCCGCACUCUUCUGGGAGAAACUUCGUCAGGCACUCUCCAGGCCCACGGACGACCUCUUGGAUGAGCGGCUGCGCCUCACUGAGAGGGAGAAUGUGUAGGUCUACAUCCAACAAAAUCCGGCUCCAAAUUGGGAGGGUUGUUGGCACCAUGUUUGGGAUGAGGUGCAGUUUUGGUGCAGUUCAAGCGACAAGUUGUGGCACCAAUCAGAACUGAGAUUUUAAGGUGCAGGCAUAUAUAUAUAUAUAUAUGUAUAUUAUUUUUAUUUUUUUAUUUUUUUACUUUUAAUAUACUUCUAGUGAGGAGUACGCUAAGUGUAGCCAAGUCACAUUCGGUGUUCAUGUGCCAUUAAACCAUCAGCAGAGUUGAUAAAGUCCAGGUUCUCAGGGACAAUGUGUCGCUUUACAUACAGCGAGAAGACACGCCAAAAUCUACAAAGAAAAUGAAUAAAUAAAUAAAUAGCAUGUCAACUCCGUCCGUCCUUCUCCUCUCUGCUCGCUCGCGUGUUCAAAUCAUGAAAUUAGGUUGAGGGUGAUAUUUUGUUCAAUGAGCAAUUUUAGAAGUACCGUAAUUUCCGGACUAUAGAGCGCACGGUCUAUGAGCUGCAGGUGCAGUGGCGCUGUCUGGGCUGUGGACAGGUCACUGGUGCAUCAGCUUAAAAAUGCUUUUCAAAACUAGUUUUGAAAACAGGGUCCAGCAUCGAGAGCGCGGAAACAAGCGGCGUAAUAUGGAGCGUCUUGACUGAUCCACGCUGCUCUCACAAUGAAUCGAACACAGCCAGAGAGAUUACUGACGAUCGAGAAGGUUUGGACUAAUAAAUGCCUUCUAAUGUAAUCUAAUAUAUAUUGACAAUAAUAAAAUAAUAGCUGCUGCAGCCUAUAUCUGGAUAGUCUGCUGCUGGUCGCAGGCAACCAAUUGUAAAUAAGAAGUGGUGUUAAAUAAUUAAUUUUUCAUAUUUUUUAAAUAUAUUCCCAUCCCAUUGUCGGUUUGUUAAUGCAAAAGAAAACAUGAUUGAAACUGAAUUAAAAUGAACAAUAUUUAACUGUGAUUCAUCAAAAUUAAUUUUAAAAUUAGAUAGGAUUGGAUUGUUUGAUGCCACUAUUUUAACCAUGAAGUUAACGCAGGAGUUUAAAUCUUGUGUUUACUACAAUGACAAUUUAUAGCAGGCUGAUUUGAAGAUCUGUUUUCCAAUGUAAAAACAAGAUUAGUGUCGGUUUUAAUAUUGUGCAAAUAGCUCAAGAACUCUUUUGCAUUUGUUGUUAUGACUGACUAGUAAAUGUUUUUUAUAGCGUCAUAAUGGAUGAUUUGGUCUACAAAUAAACUUCAAUUGACUAAAGAAUUUGAUAUUCCUUUAUCUUAGGAGGGAAAUCAUAAGCCGGGUAU